AUGCAGGCCUCUAUUUCUUUACUGAACAGCAAUAUUACCGAACCCCGCCAAUCUGCUUACUCAUCUGCUCAUUUAUCAACGUUUGGUGGCGGUUUCGGUCAUGCAGACGCCCUUGAUUCGACAUCUACAUUGAACGAAUCCCAGUCUACACAACAGUCACAGUUUAGUCAGACAUGCGUCUACGCAAGUAUGCGUUGCGAUCGUCUUCCAGACUGCUCGUUGUCAUCAGCUUUGCUGAGGCCUGAGGCUUCACCCGACGAAUAUGCUUGCCAUCAAGUGUCAGAAGGAGCUUUCCAAAAUGGUACUUUGCCAUUCACACACCCAGCCUCGGCGAAUAGGCAAUCAAAUUUGCCGACAGAUUAUAGCAUCAUCACUCGUCACGACAACCACUCCGCCUCGUACGUCUGGCUUCAUGACAAUGUGUGCAAGGAUUGCCGAGCAGUAGACAUAUAA